CACGGAGGGAGCGCUCGUCAUCUCGAAAAUACACUGAGAAGUCUUUCCCCACUCCUGACUGUUGCAACCCGAGAUACAGCAGCCGGCAGCCCGAUUCUCCUGGGCAGGUUGCCUUGAAAGUCUCACUUCACUUGCUUUGGGCUGCAGUCCUGUGCUGCGCAUUCACUUGCGCCUCCCUAAGUCCCGUUUGAACUCAGUGAGGAGGAUCGGACUGCGUUAAGCGCAUAGUGCGGCUGGUAUCGCGGCUUGGGAUCCAGCCCCUUCCUCAGCGUAUUUUAUCUCCUCCGCCUCCUGCUGCUGGGCCAGCCCCCCAGGCUUCCCUUCGCCCGCGCGCCCAGCUGGCCCCGCCCGCCUCGCACUCUGGCGCCGGCCUCUGGCACGCAGUCCUUGCCUGCCGCCCUCUCUCGCUGCCUGGGGCUGCACGGCUGCUUCUGGACCCCCCACCAAGCGAAGCCAUGCUAGGCAAGGAUUAUAUGCUGGCCAUAAUCCUGGUCAACUGUGAUGAUAAUCUCUGGAAUGAUCAAAAUCUGGAGGCAGAUCUUGACCUUCCCCCAGGAUGGAGGAAGAUCCGUGACUCCUCAGGGACCUACUACUGGCAUGUGCCCACUGGCACUACUCAGUGGCAACAUCCAUCCUGCACUUCUGGCCCAGGGUCCAGUGGAGAAGCUGCUUUACCUGAAAUGGAUCUUCAGGCUGCUACAGUAAGGCGUGUACCAAGGGAGAGACCUAUCCCAAGCCCAAUGGCAUCAUUGCCCAGAAGGACAUCUCUGACCUGGCAUGGGGAGGAGUAUCAUCAGGGCAACACAGAGCCUGGCUCCAAGUGCUUCGUUGUGCGUUCCUUGGGCUGGGUGGAGAUCCCUGAGGAGGACUUGGCCCCUGGCAAAAGCAGCAUCGCUGUGAAUAAUUGUAUCCAGCAACUCUCUCAGAGCAAGUGUAUGAAUUGGGACCCUGCAGACAGAUGGGGUGAGGGCCAGAACAUGGUGAUGAUCCUGAAGAAGGACACAAUGAGUUUAGUGGACCCUUUGGACCACAGCCUCAUCCACAGUCAGCCCAUCAUCAACAUCCGUGUCUGGGGGGUGGGCUGCAACAAUGGCAGGGACAGGGAUUUUGCUUUCGUGGCCAGUGACAAGGACACGUGUAUGCUGAAGUGCCAUGUCUUCCACUGCAAUGUGCCUGCCAAGGCCAUUGCCAAGGCCCUGCAUGAAAUGUGCUCCAAGAUCAUGGCUGAACGAGCAGUGGCAAGUAACAGCCUCACUCGAUCUGUCACGCUUGAACCCAUCACUCCUGAGGACUUAUCUCUGCAAGUUGACAUUCUGGAUGCCGUGCAAGAAUCUCUGCAGAAAUACGAAGCUUUGUAUAUCGGCAGCUUACCCGUGUCCAAGGCUAUGGGGAUGGACAUAUUAAAUAAUGCCAUUGAAGGCCUGAUGGGCAGCCGUGGCCGUGAGCAGUGGACUCCGUCUAUCCUCAGCAUUUCCGACUCAGUGAUGCAAGCAGACAAGACUGAGGAGGCGGAGGAGGACGACGAGGACGAGGACACUUGUAUUUGGGAAUGCCAGGUCCGCUAUGUGACUUUCAUUGGGAUUGGGAAAGAUGCCCACACCUUUGCGCUCAUCACUGACAUGGGGCAACAACGUUUCCAGUGCACAGCCUUUUGGUGUGAGCCAGAUGCCGGCACUAUUUCGGAAGCAGUGCAGGCUGCAUGCAUGGUCCAGUAUCAGAAAUGCUUAGUCGCCUCUACAUCACGAAUGAGAACAAAAAGUGGUCCGCGCUCCAUCCUGAAAAUGAAAAGGACAGUAUCGGUAGACUCCCCAGUGAACCCAUUUCCUGCCUCAGGGCACUCCCUGCAGAAAAAUGGCAGUGGGGCCUCGACACGCAAGCGGGGGGUCUUCUCUUUCUUUGAAGCAUUCCGCCAAAAACAUUCCAUGCUGCAGACCCCGCAAGCCAAAUGACUUGAUGUGGAGGAGAAAGUGGGCCCCAGAGGACAAGUAACUGCAGCCUUCUUGCUGAUGUCCAGGCUCAGAGUGUAAAUAGUGUCAUUCUCUCCGUUGGGUCUUCCAUUGAUGCUAAAAGACCCAGCAGAUUCAGGCAGCAAGGCUGGGCCCCGAGGGAGGGCCCUGGCUAAUUCUGGGCAUGCUGUGUAUAGUUUUCUAGCCCUUUGCUAUGUAGACGCUAUCAAGAGGAGGCAAAGCUGCUUUGGAGUAGUAGUCACAAUGCUGCACAUGAAUGUUUGAUAAUGGUCCUUGGCAUUGAAAGUCUCAAAUGCACCACACAGGCUUAAAGCUUUGCUCCUGAUGCCCAGUGGGGUCUGUGGAGCAGGGCAGAGCAGGCAUGCCCGCUUCUUGAGGCAGAAGCAGCUUGUCCCUCCCUAGCUGCAGCAUGAAUGCUUGGUGUAUGAGGCUUGACACUGCAGGCCCAGCAGAAGGAAGCAAUCUUUGCAACCCUGGGCACCUCAUGGAGCAGGGCAAGUACUUAUGCGAGGCAGCAAAUAUAUGCUUGUGGGCUUCCGGAUUUAUCAGACAUAUAUACAGAGGAACAUUUCCCUUGAAAAGUGACCAUUUACUCUCUGCUAAGCCAUGCACUGAGACACAGACACUGCCUCAUCUACUUCACCACAUUACCACGCUUCGUAUACAGCCAAGAAUGGCAGAGGCCUGCAACACGACUGUGCUUUUCUGGCAAAGUCUGUGCCAACUUUAAAAAUAAACGUCUGAAUGUCUUUGAACAGAGAAGUAGCCCUUCCAAAACAAGCCAGUGAGAGUGCUUUGGUGACCAUAAUGGGCCGUAGCCACCAGGGUUCACACAGGUCUUGUAAACCCACCACACCCCCAGGAGCACCUGCCUGACCUCCGCAGACCCUCUUUGCAGCAGCUUCCUUCUUCUUGCCUCUCCUGCGGCCUUUAAUCUGCCCACUGUUGCAGGGGCAGGAGAGGUCCCCUCACUUCACUUGCUGCUCUAGGAGCCCGCUGGGUGAGCGGGGGUGGGGGGGCGCCCAAUGAAAGAGAACAGACAUGCAGCUUCCUCUCUCCUGCCAGAGGAAACCUUGCCUGCCUCCCACAACAGCGGGCAGAUUAAUGGCUGCAGGAGCAGCAAGAGGGGAAAGGGGCCUGGACUGUGAAGGGGAUGUGGGGAAGCUUCCAUGCCGGCCGGAGAAGAAGCCUUGCUUCUUCUCCCCCUCACUGGCCACUUUAGGAGCCUGCCAGGAGUUCCUGGCAGGCUCCUAGAGAGCAAUAAGCAAGGAGAAGGGACUCAUGGUUUCUUCUCUUGUGCUAGUGAGGGAACCUUGGCUGUCCCUGCACAAGUGGGCAGAUUAAGAUAGUAGCAGCGAGAAGGGGGUGGAGGUAAGAGGAGGCGCUCCACAUACGAGCGGCGGAGAUGGUGAUGGGGUGCACUACACCCCUGAUAGAAUAACCAAACGGUACAUGCAGCUCCAGUGCUCACUAGCAAAAUGUCUGUAACAAACUUCUGUGUGUUCGUAGCACCAGCACUCAUGACUGUCCUUAGAGUAGCACCAGCAUGCCAUGUCUGGCACUUGGAUUGGGAACAACUAUCCAAAUCUAGACCAUCACUGUAUGCCCAGCGCUGGUGAGCAAGUCCACGUGCACAGGAGCCAUUUACACUUGUGUGCAUGGGUAGGAAAAAUGUGGAGCUUCCAGAGAGUUCCUUAAAAAAACAAAACAAACACAACUGUUUAAAGAUAGUCUGUUGUAGCAACAUCAAUGAAAACGACUGCUGUGUCUCACUUUAUCUGUCUAGAAAUGGAUGAUAAGGCUGCUGAGAGGGUGGGGUAGGUUUCCACACAUUUUAUUUAUUUUCAGUUUUAGGUCUAACAUAACCUAUCACUAUUAUCUUACUUAUAACAGGAGCCCCAGAUAGGAUAGACUCAAGUCUACCUCAGUGAUACUUUAUAUUUGAUCAUUGGUGCAAAUAAACUACUAAUGUGGAAGAAAACAAA